AAAAGUGGGGCCGGAUAUCCGGUUCUUGAAAUUAAUGUGGCCGGCGCUACAAUCAUUAUCGUAGGAUUGAAAUUCCGGUGUGAAUACUUCCAGUUAGAUCCCCUAAUCAUUCUUCUCAAAUAGUAGUAGUAUCAAACAAUCUCUACUGGUGAAAUAAUGUUUGAGGAAACAAUCUUGACGGCGAUAGUAGUAGUUUCAGCCAUGCUAUAUCCCGACGCAGCAUUGGCGUCGCCGAGAUCGGAAACGGUUAAAAUGAUGUGCGGGAAGCAGGCGGAGCACAACGCGACUCUGUACGUGCCCAACUUCGUGGCCACCAUGGAGACCAUAAGCGCGCAGAUGCGAUCCUCAGGCUUCGGCCAAGCCAUCACCGGAUCCGGUCCCGACGCCAACUACGGCCUCGCCCAAUGCUACGGCGAUCUCUCCUUAAUCGACUGCGUCCUCUGCUACGCCGAAGCCCGCACCCUCCUGCCGCAGUGCUUUCCCUCCAACGGCGGCAGGAUCUUCCUCGACGGCUGCUUCAUGCGCGCCGAGAACUACCCCUUCUUUCGUGAGCACUCCGGCCCAGGAGACCGCGCACUCUGCGGCAACACGACGCGUGAUCCCCCUGCGUUCAAGGCCGCCGCGAGGCAGGCUGUGUCCGAGGCGGUUUCUGACGCUGUCAAUGGCGGUGGCUUUGGCCGGGCGGCGCGUGUGGCUGAAGCCAAUCAGUCGGCGUAUGUUUUGGCAGAAUGCUGGAGGACUAUCGACGCCGGAUCUUGCAGAGCUUGCCUUGAGAAUGCUUCUGAUUCUGUGUUGCGGUGCUUGCCUUCCUCUGAUGGCCGGGCGUUGAACACCGGCUGCUUCCUGAGGUACUCCGACGCCGAUUUCAUGAAUCCUGUUCCUCGUAAUCGCAGUGAAAGAGGGGUGGUGAUAGUUAUUGUAAUAGCAACGGUUAGUGUCGGUGCUGUUGUUGCCAUUGGAGCUAUGUUUGGGGUCUAUAUUUGUAAGCAGAGAAAGAUCCAAAAGAAGAGAAAAGGUUGUGGUGAAGCAGAGAGAUAUGUGAAGAGCCUUAAUGACAGCAGCUUGAACUUCAAAUAUUCGACUCUGGAGAAAGCCACUGGCUGUUUCGACGAGGCUAACAAGCUUGGCGAAGGCGGUUUUGGCUCUGUAUAUAAAGGAGUAAUGGCAGACGGGAGGGAGAUUGCAGUGAAGAGGCUCUACUUCAAUAACAAACACAGAGCAGCAGAUUUCUACAAUGAAGUGAAGAUCAUCAGCACCGUAGAGCACAAGAAUCUAGUGAGGUUGUUGGGGUGCAGCUGCUCAGGACCCGAGAGCCUACUCGUGUACGAGUACUUGCCAAACAAAAGCCUCGACCGCUUCAUCUUUGAUUCGAGCAGAGGCAAAGCGUUGAGGUGGGAGACGAGGCUGGAGAUCAUUCUAGGAACAGCAGAAGGGUUAGUGUACCUUCAUGAGAACAGCAACAUGAGGAUUAUUCACAGAGACAUCAAGGCUAGUAACAUCCUCCUCGACUCCAGACUUGCCGCAAAAAUUGCAGAUUUUGGAUUGGCUAGGUCGUUUCAGGAGGAUAAGACUCAUAUCAGCACUGCCAUAGCAGGGACUCUGGGAUAUAUGGCACCGGAGUAUUUGGCACACGGGCAGCUGACUGAGAAGGCAGAUGUGUACAGCUUCGGUGUGCUGCUGCUGGAAAUCGUAACGGGCAGGCAGAACAACAGAAGCAAACACACAGACUACUCUGAUAGCUUGAUCAAUAUUGCAUGGAAGCAUUUCCAAGAAAGGAGAGUUGAAGAACUCUUUGAUAUUAACCUAAUGUUGAGUAGCAGCAGAAAAGAUGAGGCAGUGAGGGUGGUUCACAUAGGUCUGUUGUGUACUCAAGAAAUAUCUUCUCUGCGGCCGACGAUGUCGAGAGUGAUGCAGAUGCUGGUGAGUGAAGCAGAACUGGCUGCACCAACCAGCCCCCCAUUCUUGGAUGACACCACAAUGGAACUCAGUGAGAUUCCCAGCCAUUAUGGGAAUGGUGCAGCUUCAGUUGCAAACAUUUCUCACAGCAUAUUAUAUCCCAGGUGACAUGGAUUGGGGUUUUGCAUCAUGUUUCAUCUGCUCAUAAUGGUCUAUAUAUAUAGCACACACCAUGAGAUGAGUAAGUUGGUCUAAGAGUUCUUUUUUUUGGUUUAUGUACGCAACUGCAUACUAAUACUAAUAAUAACCCAAAAAAACACUUUUUGUAAUUUGUCGUUAUAUUUUUUAAGUUACGUGCUGUUCAAUAAAAAUAAAAUGAAUUAGCAUGUUUCAA